CUCCUGGAGCCGCACCAGGAACACGGCAGACGAUACUGGUCGCCAUCGAAGCCCGGUGCACCGAGGAUACAACGUGGCCUGAAAAAAGUUUGCUGGCUUAAAAAGAAAUAGACAGUUCCCAGGUCCUGCUCAGCUCUUCCCAAUCUCAGAGAAGCCAUGGGAGCCUGCCACAUCCAGUAUUUACUGCUCGUCUUUCUUCUAAUAGCCUCGCAUCGGACUCUGGCCCAAAAUACCUACUGCCAGGUGAGUCAAACCCUGAGUUUGGAAGACGAUCCAGGCCGUACCUUUAACUGGACUUCAAAGGCUGAAAAGUGCAACCCUGGAGAAUUUUGCCAAGAAACAGUACUGUUGAUUAAAGCAGAAGGAACCAAGACCGUCGUUUUGGCCAGUAAGAGCUGUGUCCCUCAAGGAGUGGAGACAAUGACUUUCGUCCAGUACACUGCACCUCCUGGACUGGUUGCCAUCUCUUACAGUAACUACUGCAAUGACUCCCUCUGCAACAACAAAGAGAGCCUAGAUUCAGUCUGGGAAGUUCCAGACACCACAGCAAUCUCCAACAUGUCAGGAACCCGCCACUGCCCAACAUGUGUGGCCCUGGGGUCCUGUUCCAGUGCCCCCUCUCUGCCCUGUGCCAAUGGCACAGCUCAGUGCUAUCAAGGAAGGCUUGAAUUCUCAGGAGGAGGCAUGGACUCCAUUGUGCAUGUUAAAGGCUGCACCACUGCAAUCGGCUGCAGACUGAUGGCCACGAUAGACUCAGUGGGACCCAUGACUGUGAAGGAGACCUGUAGUUACCAGUCAUUCCUUCAGCCCCGAAAGGCAGAAAUCGGGGCCUCCUGGAUGCCUACCUCCCUGUGGGUGCUGGAACUACUGCUUCCGGCACUGCUGCUCCCCCUCACCCACUUCCCUUGAGGGGACACUUGAAGUCAGGGGAGGCCUUGAUCCCAGACACUGGGACUUUGGCUAGGAGGGAGCCUUCUGUCUGCUGAUGCCAAUUGGAAGAAUUGGGAAUGGAGUUGAAGAACAGAGAAAGAGGAUGCAUGUGUACUUAUAAUAAUAAAAUUAGUGCUUUGCUAUUAAA